GGAAUCCAUGGCUUUCACCAUGUUGAGACCCGUCGCUGCCCGGCAUUUUUACCCGGACAUUAGUCUUCACUCCGACGAUGAUGCGAAUGAGAGUGAAGGGUCCGACCAGUCCCUGGACUGUUGCGGCGGCUCUCGCAAACGGAGGAGGCUGGGCUGUACCAAGAGCACCAUGGUGGUGAAGCACCGACAAGCCGCCAACGCCAGGGAGAGGGACAGGACUCACAGCGUGAAUACAGCUUUCAGCGCCCUCAGGACCCUCAUCCCCACCGAGCCUGCCGACAGGAAACUCUCCAAGAUCGAGACCCUCCGCCUGGCGUCCAGCUACAUCUCCCACCUGGGGAACAUCCUGCUGGUGGGAGAGGAGUGUGUGGAUGGUCAGCCGUGCCUGGCCACCGUCUACAGCAGCCAGAAUGAGUACGAGAGCUCGCAGCCCAGGUCCAUCUGCACCUUCUGCCUGAGCAACCAGAGGAAAGGGGUUAAGGAAAAGGACGGGAAGAGCGGGUAUUCGAAGCUCAGGGGACCGGGCACUUUGCGGAUGCAGCGCCAGUGAGUGAGACAGAGGCUGAGAGAGUGAGAGAGGUUUUCACUCAGUCUGCGGACCAGGCUGCAAUCUGAAAGGGAGACGACAAAGAGGGGCUGGUAGCAAACACAAGACACGGUGGAAAAUCUUCUGCACGGCGCAUGGACACAGCCUCUGAUACCCCUGUGCUCCCUCCCACUCUACCCCUUCGUUCGCACUUCGAAAAACCUCGAACUAAAAACUUUGAAUUUUUUUGAACUAAACGCUCCAAUCCUGCUGCACUCCACAGACUAUACAGUGAGAGCUUGGUGUUGAAGGCGUUACAGAGAGAGAAAGAGACAGAGUGUGACACUUUAAAAUAUGCUGAAGUCUAUCUCCAUUUGGGGAGAUCUGGCCUUUUCUAAGUUGUUAUGUUGUAUCUGCUGUAUUUUUUUUAAGAAAACUAACCAAAAUGUGAAAAAUAAAAGAGAGAUAAGUUCUG